GAUAAUCUUGUGCCUCCCAAUAAGUGUUUUAUAGCGUCGGUUAUUUGAAUAAACAAGCAACACAAAAGGCGGCUAAACAAGCUAAGAAGAAGAACGAACAGAGGAAUUACAGGCGGCAACAGCAACAACAACAUGGCGACUGCCGAAGAACAGGAAAACAUUGAGAGCUCUGCUGCCGGAGACGACAUGGCCCAGGACCAGGGCCAGGUCCAAAUCCAGAAGAAAUCCCUGCUGUCCGGCCAGCUGAGGAGCAUUACCAAUGAGCUCAGCCUGGGCAACUAUGAGCUGGCCAUGGGACUGAUCAACAAAGGCUUGGCCAGCUGCCAGAGCUCGGAGAGCAAGCACGACGAGAUCAUGGGCUUGCUGGAGCUGAAGAACAUCAUUGUGAGGCUGCGCUUGAAGUGCGAGUCGCCGGAUCAGAUGAUUGGACCGACGCACAAAUCGAAUGCCUUGCCCCACAGCUUUAGCAUCGAAAUGCUGGACGUGGUGCAGAAGGUGCUCCGCUGUCGCAGUCAUUAUGAGGUGUUGCGCAUCUCACAUCAUGCCACAUACUCGGAGGUGAAGCGUGCGUACAAGCGACUGGCGCUGCGUCUGCAUCCGGACAAGAAUCGGGCACCUGGUGCCGAGGAGGCCUUCCGCCGGAUCAACGAGGCAGCGGACACUUUGACGGACAAUCAGAAGCGAAUCGAUUACAAUAUGCUAACCGCAAUUGGCGAUUGUUUUGGCUCAAAGAGCAGUCUAUAUGCCAAUUACAGAGCGGAUGAGGAGCAGAUGGAAAUGGAGGAGGCGGAGGAGGAGGAUCUUGACAUGGAAUACAGUCAGCAGCGUCGGCGUUCCUAUCAGCCAGCCAAUCAGCGAGUGCCGCAAUCGCAAUCGCUCUACCAGACCGAACAGUUGGUCAUUGGCCUCGUUGCCUCGCUGGUGUUCAUAAUAAUAACGCUGCAUUAUAUGGCCACAGCGCCGAACUUCAGUUUCACGCCCACCAGCACCCACAGCGUUCGACUCAUGAGUCGCAUCAAUCAUGUGCCCUACUUUGUGACGCCGGAGUUUGCGAGCAGCCAAACGCCAAAGCAAUUGCAGCGCCUGGAGGAGGAGAUUGAGGAGAUCUAUCUGACGGAUCUCAAGCACAAUUGCAAGCAGGAGCGCAAACUGCGCGACAAGUUGCUGCAACGUGCUCGCAAUGGCAACAAUCGCAAUUUACGGGAUCACGCCCUAAGGAUGCCAACGCCCGCAUGCCACGCCCUCGUCAAGUUGGAUCAUGUCAAGUACAAGCCGCUGCUCCUAGAUAACAACUCCGAUUCCAAUGAGCCCUGGGAAUAAAACUGAACGACAAAAUUUUACGUAUUAAC